GUCCGGUAUUAAUGAGUCUCCGUUCUUCUAAAUGCAACAAACCAAUCUUCUUCUUAAAAAGUUUUAUGAUUCGUCAAGCGAAACAAAUACGUUGGAGUUGAGAUUUUUUUUAGGUAAACCUAUAUGUUACCACGUAAGUAUAAGUUAAAAAACAAUAAAAUUAUGUCAAAUUAAAAUAAAUUAAAUUAUAAAAACUUGUUCUACAAACUUUCAAUCCUCCUUCUUUAUCAAUACAUAUCAUUUUACAAAAACAAGUAAACCCUAAAAUCACCCCUUCUCUCCGAUAGCAAUCGCACCGUCAAAGAACGCCGCCGUAGGAGACCCAACACCGUCGCGCCGAGCUCGCCGUCGCUUUCUCUAUCUCUUCUCUCAUUGAUGGCUGGAGUAUUAGGAUUUAGUAGCCUAGCGCUCAAGACAAAGAAUUUCAUACUUGCUGGGGGUUUGACAACUUUUGUCUUUGGGGCAUACUUCUACACCAUGAGAGCUGUUGGAGGUACUGAUGAACUGCAGGUAGCCAUAGAUAAGUUUGAAGCAGACAAGACCUCUAAAGAGGGUGAAGUAAGCAUUCCAUCAAAGGUCUAAAUCUAAUUGCCUACACAACAAAAAUGAUACUUUGGUUGUAAGCACUAUUUUGGCUUGGUAUCCAAGCUUUUAUCCCCUUUCAGCAUGGAAAUGUUAAAAAAAAAUGAUUUUGAUUUUGAAUCUUGUAUUUAAUAAAUUUUACUCUCUUAUAAAUAAUCAAUGUAUCUAGACUGCAUAAUGGACAAAAUAUAUUGGCAA